AUGAAUCAGCAAUACAGCAAAAAUGCCGAAGUUCAUGGGUCGAAGUUUCGGCCUUCAAAUCCGAAUCUAGCAAAGAUCGACAAACUGAGACAAGUACAAUUCAACGAGAUGCAAGACAAGAAGAGGUUGUCGAUGAGGUUUUCCGCUUUGCUGAAUUCGGCAAGUCGCGUGUUCUAUCAUAAACGUGGAGAUCGAUUGAAGGUUCCCAGGUAUCAAAACACUUAUCGGCUCAGCUCAUUUAACCCUUUCGAUGUCGAAGUGGUCGAUAAACUGGUGAUGGAGACGAUGGAGAGUAAAUUAUCGCCGGUGACGGCAUAUCAUCCAAAUCACAUGGCGAAAUUGUGCUUGGAGAUUGGAUCGGAUUUGCAAAACGCACUAUGCAAAAAGGAUUACGAUAGGUAUAAAUUAGUGACGCAGGUGACCAUAGUCCAACGUCUCGAUCAAAGCGUACACACGGCGUUUCAGAGCCUCUGGGACGUGGAGCGAGACAAUUACUCCUAUUAUGUUUUCGAAAACAACCACAUUUACGCAUGGUGUUGCGUGUUCGGCCUGUAUUACGAGUGA